AGUUCAAAACCAACAUAUCCAAACAAAUCAUGGCUACGUCGUCUUCCACUCACUUCUUUCUUUUAAGUUUGGUUUUCUUGGUGAUCUCUUUCUUUCAACUAUCCUCACAUCAACAAUUGUGUCUUAAGGAUGAGUAUCUUGCUUUAAUGCAAUUCAAGGACAGCUUUGUCAUUGAAAGGCAAGCAUCUACUUAUCCUAAAAUUGAUCUUUGGAAAUCUCAAGGGGUUGAUUGCUGCUCAUGGGAGGGCAUAUGGUGUGACCAAAACACUUUUCAUGUCAUAGGCCUUGAUCUCAGUAGUAGUUGUCUUUUUGGUUCUAUCAAUUCCAGUAGCAGCCUCUUCCACCUUAGACACCUUCAAUACCUCAACCUUGCACUUAAUGACUUCAAUUUCUCAAAGAUACCAUCUGCAAUGGGCAAUCUUUCCAAGUUAACUUAUCUCAACCUCUCUCGUUCUUUCUUUGCUGGUCAAAUACCACAGGGAAUUUCAAAACUCUCCAAGUUAGUUGAGCUUGACCUUUCUUUCAAUCUUAAUUAUUUACAUCAAGGAUUGUUGGAACUCAAAAAGCCUGAUUGGAAUAGCCUCGCUCAAAACCUAACUAGGCUAGAAUGGCUUGACCUCUCUCUAGUUGGUAUAAAUUCUCCAAUCCCUAAGGCCUUGGUAAAUAUGUCAUCAUUGACAUAUCUCCAUCUUGGUCAUUGUGGAUUGCUUGGAAAGUUUUCCAGAGACAUUUUUCAGCUACCUAAACUUCAAGUCCUUGAUUUGGUUAACAAUUGGGAACUUAGUGGUAGUUUUCCUAAAUUUCACUCUCACAAUCAACUUAGAGUACUUGAUGUUGGAAACACAACCUUUUCUGGUGAGUUACCUGUCUCAAUAGGAAUGCUUAGCUCUUUGGAAUAUUUAGAUGUCAGAAGUUGUGAUUUCUCAAGCUUAGUACCACCUUCAAUAGGUAAUCUCACCAAGCUCCAAGUCUUGAUCCUCUUAAAUAAUUCUUUCUAUGGAGAAGACUUUUCUUUCUUCUCAAACCUCACCCAACUAACUAAAGUAUUUCUUACUCUAAAUCAUUUCACUUUUAAUGAGGUCCCUUCUUCUUUUGCUAACUUGAUCCAUCUCAAGAGUCUAAACCUUUUUGGUAAUCAAAUUACUGGUCAUUUUCCAUCUUGGAUUACAAACCUAACAGAUUUAAGAUAUUUGGAUCUUGGGUAUAAUAUGCUACAAGGAUCUCUUCCAAGCUCAAUUUCUAGACUCAAAAACCUUGAAACAUUCAUUGUUAGCUACAAUAACUUAAGUGGUAUUGUUGAGUUUGAUACGUUUCUUGAACUCAAAUCCCUUAAGUCAUUGGGUUUAUCCCAUAAUAAUUUCUCAUUGGUAAUCAAAGCUACCACCAAUAGAACAAUUCAAAAGUUUAAGGGACUAGGUCUUGCAUCUUGUAAUCUAAAUGAGUUUCCAGAAUUUUUGCAAAACCAAAGUGAGUUGAAUGUCCUAGUCCUUGCUUCCAACAACAUCCAUGGCCAAAUACCUAGUUGGAUAAUGAAUAUGAGUGCAAGUUUGUGGAUUUUAGAUCUUUCUCACAACAAUUUCACAAGUUUUGAAGAAUCCUUUGUUGUUUUUCCUUCUACUAGUCUUUUAUAUCUGGUCCUUAGUUUUAACUUUCUCAGAGGUCCUCUACCAAUCCCUCCACCAUCCAUCCUUUACUACUUAGUAUCUAGGAAUAUGUUCAGUGGAAAAAUCCCAUCUCAAUUUUGCAAGAUGACUUCUCUCCAAGUGCUUGACUUGUCUCACAACAAUUUGAGUGGAAUGAUACCGCAAUGUUUUGGCAAACUCAGCUCCAUGUUGGUUUUAAACUUGGAAGGAAACAACUUUGAUGGUCCUAUGCCUGAAACAUGGGAAAGUGGAAACAAACUCAAAGCAAUUAAAAUGGGACAAAAUAUUUUACAGGGGAGGUUACCAAGAUCACUAAGCAACUGCAAAAUGUUGGAGUUUCUUGAUCUUGGAAACAACAAGAUCAAAGAUACUUUCCCUUCCUGGUUGGGAGCUCUUCCUAAAUUGAGGAUUCUCAUUUUGCAUUCAAAUAGGUUAUAUGGCACAAUUUCAAUCAAAGUUCCAAAGACAGAUUUCUUGUUUCCUAAGCUCCGCAUCAUUGACCUUUCAGACAAUGGAUUUGUUGGCACUUUGCCAAUAGACUUCCUUGUGAGAUGGAAUGCCAUCACUGAUCUUGAUGGGCAGAACGCAACAUAUUUGCGUGCAUACAACCACUAUUUCAUGCUGAACCUUAUCAUCAUUCCUUACCAAUUUCCUUACUCAAUGACAAUAACAAACAAAGGAAGGAAGAUGGAGUAUGCAAAGAUCUUAGAGGUUUUCAGUGCCAUGGAUCUUUCUAGCAACAAAUUUGAGGGAGAAAUUCCAGAAGUAAUUGGGAACUUAAAGGGACUUCAACUGCUCAAUCUUUCCAAUAACAUCCUUGUUGGUCCAAUCCCAAGAACCUUGGGAUAUCUCACAAAUCUAGAAGCACUUGACCUUUCUCAAAACAGACUCACUGGAAGAAUUCCUACACAGCUAACACGACUCAAUUUUCUUGAAGUCUUUAAUGUGUCUCACAACCAUUUGACAGGUCCCAUCCCACAAGGCCAACAAUUUGAUACAUUUGAAAAUGACUCUUUUGAUGGAAACUCAGGACUGUGUGGAAUGCCAUUGUCAAGGAAAUGUGACUGCUGUAACUCUAAGGAUUUGCCUCCACCAUCUUCAACCUCCAAAGGAAAUGAAGACUCUGGAUUGUUAGCUAAAUUUAGUUGGAAAUUGGUGUUACUAGGUUAUGGAUGUGGAUUCCUCAUUGGUAUUGUCAUUGGAAACAUUGCUUUUACAAGAAAACAUGAAUGGUUUAUGAAGACAUUCCGAAUCUCGUACCCAAGAAGGCAAAGGGAGGGGUGUGAAAGAUUGAAUAAGAGGAAGCAACGAAGAUGAUAUCGAUCCCCCUAUGCUAUCACUGUGUUGUUUAUUUUGUUUUUUUUUUCUCCUACUUUUCUCUAUUUGUGAUUACAAGUCAAGUUCAUUGCAAGUCCAAUAUAAAUAGUAUGGAGUG